UAUACCAGUCUUUUUAAAUGUGGAUUUAGUCGUUAACGACAAGCACACUAACAUACACAAAAAGCAGAAGAAAAAAGAUACGUAGGAAUAUCUCAUCACGGCAGAAGAGAGUAAUCAUAUGUGUUCUGUUCGUUUGAGGCGCGUUGCAAUAACGAGUUUUGCCGCACGGCGCGUGCGGUGCGCUUGUAGACGGCGCGAGACGGACAGUGGAGUGUCGCUCCCCAUAAGAAUCAAUGCAAAUGUAAAGGAAAACGCGACAGCGGAAUAGCUAUUCAUAUCUCUCCACUGCAUAAUGCCAGUGGCAAUCUGCUGAGCAUCAAGGUGCGCUGCUGGGUUGAUACUGAUCACUCUUUCCGGCAGCUGGCCAUUAAUAAAUGAGGGGUCUAAACCAUGGUGCCACUGAACGUCUGUAACGUGAAACGCGCUGGACUUGGUUGCUUAUUGCUUUCACUUAGACAAGAGAUUGGCGCUCUCCAACAUAAACCAGGGACGAUCUGGAAGACCUCUCACAUGUUUUGGUUGAUUGUAGGAAUCACUCGUCUUUGAGGGAUAAUUAUAGACAUUGACUGGAUGCAGAACGGGGUUCUCCAAUGACCUGUCACUCAUCCGACUCCACAGAAAGCAUCGAGCAUGAAAGUAGAUCGCGAACCGAAACCCAAGUCGCGGAGUCCGAGCAGCAGAGUCGCAUUGCCACUGCCAGGAGAGACCUUAAAAACACUGCAGGCUGGUAUUGGGGCAGCCUGACUGCCAAUGAAGCCAAGGAGGUCCUGCAGGAUACGUCAGAGGGCACGUUUCUGGUCCGAGACAGCACUCAGAGGGACUAUCUCUUCACCAUCUCUGCUAUGACAUCAGCUGGACCUACCAACCUACGUAUUGAAUACACGGACGGCAAGUUCAAGCUGGACUCUGUUGUACUGGUCAAGCCCAAACUCAAGCAGUUUGACAGCGUGGUCCAUCUGGUGGAACACUAUGUUCAGCUGUCGAGGACAUCUUGUAAGGGCAGGACUACUCCGCUUGCCCCAUCCAGUGGCUCUGUUCAGCUCCUUCUGACAAAUCCUGUUUACACGGCCACACCGUCGCUGCAACAUCUGUGUCGUAUUGCCAUCAAUAAAACCACACGACAGGUACAGGAACUUCCUCUGCCAAAUAGGCUUAAGGACUACUUAACAGACUACAGUUACAAUGUAUAGAACCGCAAGGACAACAAUGACCAUAAGUGCUGAGGUUUCAUAGUCAAGUGGUUCUCAUCUCACUUCAUUUGCUUGGGAUCCUUCUCCUUGCACCCAAGAACUGCAUGAAGCAGAAUUUAAUGCUAGUAUUAAGUGUCCUUCACAGAGCACUUGACAUGUUGUGAGCUGUUGAUAUUCUACAGUCAGUUUUAAUGAGUGAGAAUGUGUGUGUAUGAUAUGGUAGGGGGUAUGCUGUCCUUCACUGACAUCUAUGAAAUCUAAUGUAAGUCAUACCCAUCAGAUAAUACGCCUCAAGAGUGUCCAUGCAUCUCUUGAAAAGAAGCAAACGUCUGAGAUAUUUUGCAUCCUGUGUUUGAGACAUGGGACUUUGAAACUGUAUGCUUUUGACUAUGUUUUUAUUUGCUCACUAUUCAUGUUAUAUUUUUGUACUGUAGUCUUAGGUAAGAUGAUCAUUUGAGCUCUUUUCUCUGUCUUGAUGUCACGGUUGAGAAAGUAAAAUUUUGCUCAAGGAACUAGGGAUGGGUUUUGGUGAGUACCUUUGAUUUACUGUAUAUCCUGAUGCCUGAGUCAUGACUUGUCAUGAUACCUACUGAAACCCAAAAUAAAAUGAAAAAAAUAAAAUAAAUAAAUACAAUUACAUUCGAAAAAGCAUGCUUAUCUAAUGUUUAAAAAACACCUGCUUAUAAAAACAGUAUAACAUUGAGUAAAAUUAAGGGGUUUAAAGGAAUAUUUCAGGUCCGGUACAAGUUAAGCUCAGUUGACAGCAUUUGUGAUAUAAUGUUGAUUACCACAAAAAAGUAUUUCUUUAAAAAAAGCAAAAAUGGUGAUUACAAUGAGACACUUACAAUGGAAGUGAAUGGGACCAAUCUUUGGAGAGUUUUACAAUGCAAAAAUGUGAAGCUUAAAAUUUCAUAAAAGCUCUUACAUUCAUUCUUCUUUUUAAACUUGUGUAUUAUCUGAUCUGUAAUGUUGUUUAAAACAUUGUUUUUAUGGUCAUUUUAGUGUUUUAGUUUCACAGCAUGCAACCUAAAUGAAUGGCAGCAGUGCAAUGCAUAAAAUCGUGCAGGUACAGGCCAGGAGCUUCAGUUAAUGUUCACCCCAACCAUCAGAAUGGGGAGAAAAUUUGAUCUCAGUGAUUUGGACCGUGGCAUGAUUGUUGGUGCCAGAUAGGCUGGUUUGACUAUUUCUGUAACUGCUGAUCUCCUGGGAUUUUCACACAAAAGAGUCUCUAGAGUUUACUCAGAAUGGUCCCAAAAACAAAAAAUAUCCAGUGAGCUGCAGUUCUGCCAACAGAAGUUAUAAGUUGAAGAGAGAGUUCAAUGGAAAAUGGCCAGACUGGAUCGAUCUGAAAGAAAGGCGAUGGUAAAUCAGAUAACCACUCUGUACAAUGGUAGUGAGCGGAGUAACAUCUCAGAACACGCCCAACCUUGAAGCGGACGGGCUUCAACAGCAAAAUACCAUGUUGGGCUCUUGAUUAGGACCAUAGUGUUUCUAAUAAAGUUUUUCAGUGUGUGUACAGAUUGGCCCCAUUCACUUACAUUGUAAGUGCCUCACAUUAACCUCCUUUUAAAGAAAUUAGUCAAAAUAAUUUUUUGUGGUAAAGAACAUUGUGCCACAAAUGCAGUCCAGCGAGCUUAACUUGUAUUGAACCAGGGAUUAAACUUGCCAAAAUAAAGAUAUUCAUGCUCUAAGGGUGCAUACCUUUGCAAAUAAAAUACCAUAAAUAUUUUUUUGCACUCACUGAACCUAGGGGUAAUUAAUCAUCAUGGUUUGUGUGUGCUUUUGUUGCAUAUGGUGAACCAGUUUUGGUCAAUGUUAACCCUACCUCAUGUAGGCCUUAAUAAACCUGCAUGCUGAUUGGUCGUAUUUGGAGAAUACUUGAUUCUAUACUGAAUCGUUAUUUUGACACUGACCAAAAAGGAAUGGCUAGGUCAGAAGCUUCGAAAUUCAUAUAAGCUGCUCAUUUUUACUUUCUCCUCUCUUCUAUUUGUGAAGUGAUUAUAUGGACAAUUGGAUUUUCUAUUGUAGUUGCUGAUUUAUCUGACCUCCUUUCUAUUUUGGUUUCGUGAAACAUAAUUUUAUCAGUUCAAGCGUGGCCCACCCAAUGUUCUUUUCACAGUUGUGCUUGAGUGUUAAAUUCCUACACCUCAUAAUUAGCUUUUUUCCUUACUUUCAAAUACAAUAUUUAGUAGUAUUAUCCCCAUUGCAGUAAUCUGAAAUGGAUUACUGAUUGGUGUUUUGCUUUUUUAUUUAACUCUAAAGUAAAAGUCUGUUCAUGACAAGCUAGAGAAAAUCCUGAUAGCCACUACCAACUUAAAGGAAUAGUUCACCCAAAAUUGCCAUCCCAGAUGUGUAUGAAUUUCUGUCUUCUGUAGAACACAAACAAAGAUUUUUAGAAGAAAAUUUCAGCUCUGUAGGUCCUGCAUACAGUGCAGGUUGCAUACAAUGCAAGUGAACCAAACUUUGAAGCUACAGAAAGCGCAUAAAGGACUCCAGAGGUUUAACCAAUGUCUUCUGAUGAGAUUCAAUCGGUUUUAGAUGAGAACAGACCAAAAUAUAACUCCAGUUUCACUACAAAUCAUCAUUCUCCUUGACGAUCAUGAUUUCAAGCUCAACUGCACUUCCUAGCACCAUCUAGCAAUCUGCGCAGGCGUCAAGCACUUUGAGACCUUAUUCACAGCAGCGGCAUCUUUGAUUUUUUACAGGAAUGCCAACGAGGCUGUGAGGGAGAGACGUACAGUCUCUUUAAUGGGUUGUAUUGCAGUUUAAAAUGUUUCUGGAUCGUUCCAAUCAAAGCUUCAAAGUUUUGGUCGCCAUUGCAUUGUAAGGACCUUCAGAGCUGAAAUAUUCUUAAAAUAUUAUUUGUUUGUGUUCAGCAUAAGAAAGAAAUUCAUACACAUCUGGGAUGGCAUGAGGGUGAGUGAAUGAUGAGAGAAUUUAAAUUUUUGGGUGAACUAUCCCAUGACAUGGGUGAAAAUACACCCACCAAAAUCAUUGAAGGUCACUCACUCAUUGCUAACAUCUCUCAAAUCCGGUGCUGAUGUUAUUCCAUCCAUGGUGCUUCCUUAAGGACAUGGUAACUUGUAAAUUAAUUAAGAUGUGAAUCCUGCAUUUAAGCCAACUUCUCCACUAUAAAAUUCCAUGUCAUGAUAUAAUUAUUUGUACUGCAUCAGUAGUGAAUGAAUUGUAUUACAAUAAGUGAGAAAUAAAAGCAAGCAUAGC